AUUGGCAACACUGGUAUCGAGUCGAAUUGUAUGUACGAGAACUUGAACAAGAAUAUGUAAAACGCAUGAAGACUUAAAAUAUUUAAUUUAAGCCCCUUUGCCUCCACCUAUAACUUAUACAUUUAUUUGGCAAGAAAUUACCAUUUGAAUAAGAAAAAUAAAUAUUGAAGACCAUUUUACCGGAAACAACAUGGAAAGCGGUCCUGAAAAACCUAAGAAUUCAAUAGUUUUAUCAGUUGAAGACCUAACUAGACUUGGUGUUAAAGUAGACUCUCUCCCAACAGCUAGUGGAGAACAACUUUAUAAUGGUAAGCAUCCUGAAAAUGCUAAAGGGAAUUUAUUAUAUACAUUAGAGGUGUCUCCUCAACAGUUAGAAGUUGCUAAAGCUGCAGGUAAAACUUUCAAAACUACCAUGGACAUUCCUGUGACUAACAGCCUAAAAGCAAAUUUUGUUCCUGUGCCAAGAAAAACUGUACAAAUUAUUAGUAAUGAAAAAGUGUUCAUUCCAAAAAAAGAUUUACAACGUUUUAUUCAACCUAGAGUUGAGAAAUUUAUAACUGCUCAGUCACAAGUGGGACCACAUAUCAGUAAGAACAGUAAUAUACAAUUUUCUAGGAGUAAUUUAAAAGCUCCAAAACUCUCUAAAGCAACUCAAGAAUGUAAAGAACCAUAUGCAAAAAAGCUAGCUGUGAAUGCUGAAGAAGUAAAAAAGGUUAGAAAUAAUUUGAGUAAAAUAUUAGCCACAGCAAAAGCUUUUAAACCAAGUGUACCUAGGGAAGAGAAAAUGAAUGAUAGUGCAUUAGAUAUCAACACUGGAAAUGCAAACAACAUCCUGCCUAAAAAUAAGCUUGAAGUUGUGAGACAUACCACUUUAGAAAAACAUAAUUCAGAUGAUGAAGAUGUAUUUGAAGAAUAUUUGAAGGAACACCCUGAGGCUAAGAAUAUUGAAGUUGACGCUGAAGAUACCAGUGAUCCAUUUGAAGAAUACUUGCUCCAGAACAAUAAUCUUACUCCUAUAAUAAAAUCUACUGACAAGAAGUUCGAUAUGGUUAAUUUGAUUGAUGACAAUUGUAUAAACAAAAAUGGUAAUUUUGUAGAUAUUACUAAGAAGAUCCUGGCCAGCGAACGCGAGGAAGUAGAGGAAUCCUUUCAGCCUAAGGAUUUUUUAGAAUCCAAAGACAUCAGUUCUAAAAAUGUCAACCAAAAAUCUGUAAAUUGUGCCCCUAUUGUCUCCCAAGGUGAAGACAUUGACUGUUUUGAAGAAUAUUUCUUACAACAUAGUCAAUCUAUUGAUUCUAUAAACAAAAAUGAUUUUAUAGAUAUUACUAAGACCUUAGCCAGUGGAUAUAAAGAAGUAGAGGAAUCCCUUCAGGAUAUCGAUUUUCUAGAACCUAAUGAUAUCAGUUCUAAAAAGUUCAACCAAGAAUCUGUAAAUGGCGCCCCUAUUGUCUCCCAAGAUGAAAGCAUUGACUGUUUUGAAGAAUAUUUAUUAGAAAAUAAUCAAUCCAUUGAUUCUCCAAAUCAAAUAUCAAAUAUGGAUGUUGAUGAUAUAGAUAACAUAUUUGAAACAUGCUUAGGUGAAAAUAAUCGUGAUAUUCCUGUAGAAAGCAAUCAAACUUCAAUUGAAAUAGUGACAAAUGAGCAAAUAAAGAAAACACAUGAGAAAACUCCACAACUAGAAACUGAUAUUGAUUAUGUGUGUAGCUCAACUGAUUUAACUAAGGUAGAGUUGAAUUAUUUUUCUUUCUUCAAUGAGCCAAAUUUAUCUGAAAGUCCUAUUCCAAGAGUAAAAAAGCCUUGGGGUGUAAGAAGAAUGAUAAGUAGCCAAGAAAUAAAGGAAAUUACACACAGUAACAAAGACCCAGAGUUAUCAAUUAGCACUAAACAUGACAGUAAUUAUAAAUUAGCACCAGAAAAAAGGAUGGACACAGUUGAUAACACUAAUAACUUAACAAAAUCAAGCCGUAAAGCAAGGAAGAGAAAAUUGGUUGAAAGUCAACCUCAGUCACAACCAAAUGCUGAACAUAAACUAGAGGAAAAUCCUGCAAUUAAAUUUUCUUCUAAAGCAACAAAUAAAGCUAAACAUAAAAAACAACUGGGUACUAUAUCUGCAGAUGAUGAAAAACAAGUAAAAAAAUCUGGUGCUAACGCAAAGAAGAAUAAAGGAUAUCAAAGGAGGAAAAGACAGAAAGCUACAGUAAAGGAGAAAAUGAAAACAAAUAAAAUACAAAAAAAGGCAAUUAGUCCAAAGCAAAUAAAGAUUUUAAAUGGUGAAGUGAUGAAACAAUAUCAAAGGAAGAGUGUACAUAAAAUUAUAGUAAAUAAUACAUUAGUUAAAAGUUAUGGGUCAGUCGCUCCUUUGUCUACGCAAGAAAAUAUAAAUACUUUUAUUUUAAAGAGUAGCACAAAUAACCAAAAGAAUUACCUGAUAACCAAUUACCAGACCUCUACCGAUGCUAUACCAAAAGAGAUUAAAAUUAUUGGGUCACAGAACAAUUUAAAAUCACCUGUGGAGGAAACAGUAGAAAGUCAAAAUGGUAACCUCCAAGCUUCUUCAGAAAGUGAUGAUCAAGUGGAUACUGAGUUUCUAAAAACAAAAAGUGAUUGUGUAGAUAUUCAACUAGAACCCUCAGUGAAUAUUCAUAAGGACACCACCAAACUACCUGGGUUUAAUUCUCUUAAAGAAUCAGUCACAAAAGCAAAAAAAACUGAUGAAAAAAAACAAGUUAUUGAUAUAGCAGCUGGUGAAAGUGCUUAUAUGAAUGACAUAAUAGAAAGGGAGAAUAUUGAGAAAUAUGAGUUUGCUCUAGAUGAUGAUUUUUUAAAACAGUUAGGAUUUCCAGUAUCUGCAGAACCAAUAAAAUUAGAUAUUGAUGAUAAUGACUCUGACAAAUUUCAUGGGUUUAACAGAACUGAAACUGAUAAUUGUGUAGUGAAUCAUGAAAGAUUAAAAGGCUUUCUAGAUAUCAACAUGAAUACUGUUAAUUCAAAAUGUAAGCAACUGGCCAUACAUGAAAAUUUAAAUGACAGACAGUACGCCUGUAAUUUUAAGAUCCCCAAAGAACCAUCCAAAACAAAAGUAAUCCUUUCUAAAGCCAACAGCACUUUGGAAUGUAAACAAGUGAAUUUAAAUUUGGAACCACUUAAUACUAAAAACAAUCAAGUAAAGUGUUCAGAUUUUGAUGAUGAACAUCAACAUAUGAUUCAAGAAAAGUCCUUAGGAAUAAAUGUUUCAGCUAUUGCAGAUGUCAUAAAAUCUAAAUUAAGAACAAGAGCCAAUACAAAAAUGAGUCAAACAAGAAAGUCAAAUGUUGCACCAGUAAGGAAAGGUUCUAAAUCAGUUAAAAUUAUACAAAGUUCAUCAGAUGAUAACUCUAAGCCAAACAUUCUUAACAGUAAAAUAGGAAAAAAAUUAAAAGGAAUUAGUGACAUGACUAAAGGCAGCAAUGAUAAUUUGUUUAUUGAAGAUGAUAGCAACUUCCGUUUGAAGACCAGAAGUAAUUCUAAGAAACCCUUUAAUAAUGAACUGGCUAGUUGUGGGGAAGUUCUACAAAAUAAUGCCAGUCAUUGUUAGUUAAGUUAAGAGUGAGAUGGAACUAUUCCUUAGAGGAUGAAGAUUCCAAACAAUCGUCACAUAAUAAAAAUAAUAAAUCUUUGAAAAAAAAUAAGCAUUCCAAAAAUAAAAUAUCUCGCAGUGAUAAGGCCUUAAAAACUAAUUUAGUGUUAUCUCAAAAUACUGCCAUAGAUAAUACAGGAUUUGAUUCAAAGCUGCAAGAACAUCAGGAUAAGUUCCCUGGUAACAAAAAAUCUCAUCCAGAUGAAUCACCUCCAUCUGUAACAAAAAAUAUUAAUGAGGCAAAAGCGUCAAUAAUGUCUAACAAUCUUAAUAGUUCAUCUAUAAAGAGGCGUUUGGAAUCCAGUAACGAAAGUGAUGAAUCAACUCCUAAAAAAAGCAAGAAGUUAUGGAAUAAAAUUAAAGUACAAGGUAAUAGUGUUCCUGAAAGCUCAGAACUAGCUGACACUAAACCUAAUUUAAAUGAGUCUUCUUUGGCUACAUCUGAAAUUGUAGAUCCUCAUGAAGAAAAUACAGAUGUUCCCAAAAAGGGUAGAAAGGGUCGACCUUGUAAGGUAGAUAACGAAUCAAAAUUUGAGAUCCCUUUAUUCGAUACAUUUCCUUCGAUAGAUAUGUCUGAAGUAUCUGGCGAUAAGGUACCUAAGAAGAAAAGAGGUCGUCCAAGAAAGAAUCCUCUAUCUGAAGACGAGUGUGAGAUAGCAGAAAACAAAGAGCCAUCAAAAAUCAAGUCUGCGAUAAGUAUAGAAGGACAAGAUGAUGCUGAAAGUAGUGCUAUUACUGAUAUGGAAACUGAGGAUGAUGAUGCGGAAGAGAAUAAUAGUUGGAAGUUUGCAAACGAAGAUAUUUUGCAGCAGAUUUUAAAUGAUGAAAUGGUUAAAAGUACUGGGGAAAAGGGGGCCGAUGGCUCAGCUAAAAAGGGAAGGAGGCCAAAGUUUAGUAAAGAUUUGGAAGAUGCAGACGGUACAUCCAUUUGUGCAGUUUGUAAUGAAUCGAUGCCAAACGGAGAUUGGUUAAACCAUAGAAUGCAGGUUCACUAUAACCUUACGUGGCGAAAAGGAGAUCUGGCCAUUGAUGUAGCGGACCAAGGCAUAGUGCAAAAGGCAUUCAAGGAAGUUAAAACUGCCCAGAAAUAUUUACAAUGUUUUAAGUGUUCCUUUAAAACUAACAACGUUAAUGAUUUCGGCAAACAUUUAGAGGCAUGUUAUGAGAUUGUGAAAGAUGGGCAUGUUACUUGUGCGGUGUGUAAUCGCAAGGUCAGCGCGAAAACCUGGCAUCUGCAUAGAUAUAUGAAGCAUAACAACUUGGCAUGGAGGAUUGGAGAUACACCUCUGGACUUACAAGACAAAAGCUUAGUCCUGAGAAUCUUCCAAGCUAUAUAUAAAUCCCGAAAACCGUUGCGUUGCGAGAUUUGUAACCUCCAGAAAAAGUCGACCAUGGGUUAUAUUUCCCAUAAGGUCCAAUGCAUAGCAUCGCUGUCGAACAAGUGUUCGAAAGUAUCAUGCGAGCUUUGCGGAAGAUACGUCCUACCGGUCAGCAUGGAGUAUCAUAUGAAACAAUUACACAAUACGUCGAACGAGUCUGCGUUAGACAAGAUGACGGGUGAAAAUUUUCCUGAAGACAAUCUGAGUGGACCGAGAAAGGCUGCGGAAAAUGCUCUGGAAGUAAUCCAGAAAAUCAGCAAUAGCGAAUCAAAAAUGUACUGUCUUGUAAAAGACUGCGAAUUCCGAAAUUACCGCAUCACAAAAGCUUUGAAAAAUCUUAAUGCAGAUUUGCCGGAAGUUACUUGCCUAUUUCCUAAUUGCGAUUUUAAAUGCCUCACUGACAAAAUGUAUACUAUCGCGAAACAUUUGGAUACUUGUCCUUAUAAACCUAUGAAGCAUUAUAUAUGUAAAUCAUGCCUUGUUUUUUUCGAACAUGAACUCGAGGCUCAAACCCAUUGUCAGGAUAUGCACAAAGCAGAAACGGGCGGCAAUGACGAUCUAAAUUUUGUACAAGAGUUAGAAGACUGUAAAGAAGACAUAUUGGUAGAAACGGAACAAGCCGAAAAAGGCAAAUUAAGGGGGAAAAAUAGGGUUGCGGUUACCAAAAAUCCUUUACGCGCUACCGGAAAACCGUUGUUUUUGAGUUUCAGUUUGCAAGAACUGCCUUCCAAUAACUUAGUUUACUAUCAAGCAUUCCCUUGGAUGUAUAGUUUCUGUGAAAAAAAUUUCAAUAACCCAAACUUAUUUGAGAAUUUUCGAAACAACCGGCCGUGGCAAGUACUAGACUGUGAUUUACUUAAUAAAUAUUUACCCCACCACCAUGAAUCCUGUGAUAUUAGCGUAAGAGCCUUAGAUAUAAGAAAGAAAAAUCCGGAUCCGCCGGUAUUUAGGAAAAUGGAUUUAUUUGAAAGUUGCAGUUUUUAUGAAGGUGAAGCAACAAUUUUUUGCGGCGGUCCUAUAACAGCCAUGGCAUGGAUGCCCACCCCAUACAAUAUAGAAACUAUGAACCAAAUAGUGGCAGUGGCAGUGACUAAAAAUGCGGAAGCAGUAUACAACGCGCACGAAAACUAUAACGAACCGUGUAUAAUUCAGUUUUGGAAUUGUGGCCCUUUAAAUUCACAACAGGUAAAGAGUAAACCUAUUGCACCCGAGUUAUUAUAUGGCUUAGCACUAAACGCAGGUCCGGUAUGGGACAUCGAAUGGUGCCCAUCUGGUUGCCUUGAUAUUGUUCCGAUUAGAGAAAAUGAACCAUCCAGACUGGGACUCUUAGCUGUGGCCACGUGUGAUUCCCUAGUUUACAUUUAUAGUGUUGACGAUGUGAAAAAUGAGGAUGACAGGGGUGUCAUUUAUAAAGCCGACCCACUUAUUAAGUUACAGUUAAGGAUAGAAAAGUGUUCUACUGUCCAAGACUAUUAUGCCACAAAGAUAUCGUGGACGAAAGCCAGCGAACAUAGAUACGUUGCAGUAGGUUACUCCAAUGGAAUAAUUGCAUUAUACAAUUUACUCUCAUAUUCUGCGUCCCCUUUAUUUCACUCAAAAGAAUCCUCGGGACCCCACGUAAUUUUUUCGUGUAACAGUUUUCAAGCACAUUCUGCAUCAGUAACAGGUCUCGUUUUAAAUAAUUUACUUGGAGGUAACCGGUGGUGUUGCUCCACAUCCUCAGACAAAACGUUGAUAUUUUGGGACUUGGAGUCCAAUACUGUACAAUCGGAAUCGGGAUGUCUUAAAAAAUUUGGUUUGUCUGACGUGGUGUGGCCAACUUUAUGGCCAGUGGUUUUCGCUACGAAAGAUGAAGCUAAUGUCAACAAGAAUACACCAGCAACGAUAGUAUCAAAAUCAAUACGUAAUUGUUACGUACUUCGAGAGAAUACAAUUAAUAUUAGCGACAGCAUUUGCGGUUUGAGGGCCAUUUCUUUUAGCGAUUGGCUGAACGCGGUUUUGUUUGGCGGCACUUCUGGAGAAGUAUCUGCCCAGUUUACUCAGAGGUUAAUUCACGGGGCCGAUCGUCUACCCAAAAGGAAGAACGUAUGUUUGAAAUAUGUAUUUUCCAACACCAAACUGACUACCAAAACCUAUCCGGUAGAUUUGAGCAAAGAAGUAACAUACGAGAAUAUCAUAGAUCAGUAUGCCAUCGAGUUUAGAGAUUUCAAUUCGAAACAUCUGGCAUUUUUGCCAAGUCACAAGGAUAAAACACUGGACCGGGCGGAAAUUGACAGUUACAACAUCCACAAGUAUCCAUUAAACGCGGUGAACAAAUUGGCGACGAACCCGAACUGUCAGGCGUAUCCUUAUUACGCUGUCGGAUAUCAGGCUGGGUUUUUAAGAAUUCGAUCGAUAGAAUGUUUAAAGACGGCUUUUAAGCCUUUGAGGGUACCAGGACACGAUUUUGCAAUGAACUUUUAACUCGUUAAGCAUUUUUCGUCAUGUCCAUAAUUAUGCAGAGUGUCCGCUAAAUGAGGGUACAAUGCUUAAACACAAAAUCCCUGGCCAAAAAUAGGACGAUUAGGCCAACCUUACCUAUAUCAAGGCGGCUUCGUUUGGCCGCUAGAGGGGGCCAAAGUCAGAGAGUAAAAUUAAAAGGUUUUUUUUAUUAGCGCCUACGUCGAUUUUUACCAAAUUUGGGGUGGUUAGUAACAACAUAAAUUGACGUAUUUUGACAUAGUGCCAUGUUGUUCAUAAAUAAAUGCAAAGGUAUAAAUGACUUAAAUUGCUUUUAAGAUAUUAGGUGGCUAAUUAAUUUUAAAGCGUUUUCGUUUCUUGCAAAAUUUUCGUCCGAUGUUCAGUUGUGGCGGUUAAUAUCCUCUUCAGACCCAGACGACAAAAGUGCAAUUUUUAUUUGGUUCACUUGGACUUAACUAGGGCACCAUCUUAAGCUAAUAAUUAUCCCAAUCGUACUUGACCCACCAUAGUGGGCGCUAAAAUAUUUUGCACACAAAUGUGUAUCUUGGGUCCAUAUAUUCUUUAAACUCGCGAAUAAUCUGCACGUCUCUAUAUCCAUGGCUUUUGGUAGAUGCCGAGCUUUUGAUUUUGCGACUUCAGGAGGAGGUAAAGGCACCCUUCCAGGCCGACCCGGUAAUUUUUUCGCGUUAUAGGUUCAAAAGACUCAUCUUCAGAUUCUGCAGUUGAUAUUCCUUUAAUUAGUGCUUCCGCGAUGCGCAUUUUAAAUCCAAUUAAAUCUAGAAUGUCAAUCUUUUUGACUUUUAAUAUUUCACAGUCACUCCUACACUGAUUCCAUGAGUUGACUACUGCACAAUCCAUGAAGUGUUCAAACACUCAUAUUGGCCAUUUUUUCCCAACAUCUAUAAGCUGCAAUUAAUCGAUUCAGUUAAUCAACCUUUCCCAUAAAUUCAUAGAGUCCAUAAAAUGAGAGAAUAUGCCGGUGACGUCAGACUUCGCGCAUCUAAGCUGGCUAUCGUUAAGCGUAGAAGCGUGGAAUUCUAGCAGAUAGUUUAUGACUAAACAAUCAGUGCCGGGGGUGUAUUGUGUUAAAAUAUUAUUAAAUAAAUGGGGUUUAAAAUACUGUUAAAUAAAUUUAAACUUUUCUUUGCUUUAUUUAUGCGUAUGUGGAUAUAAGUGUUAGCUUUACAUACAUAUAUUACUUUAGAUACUCAAAAUAACGUUUACGAUACGUGUUAAAGAAAUACAUAUGUUUUUUUUUAUACUCAUUAUGAUACGAACAUUAUUUGAUAUUCAUUAAUGUAAUCAUCAUUUAAGAUUAUGUCCUUUGAAAUACUUUUGUUUAAAAAUCAGUUGAAAUCUUAAAAUAUAAAAAAAAAAUAUUUAAAACAAAAAUUAAUUUUUAAAAUAUGUUUUAAAACAUCUAUUUCUUUUCUUUCUUCAGCUAUUAAAUAUAUUAAAAAUAAAACUCCACAUAAGGGUAUAUAAAUU